AUGGCGGAUCAAAGACCCAUUUUUCUUUGGUCACAUUCAAGAUCUCUCUCUACUGUUUUUGAACGACCGUUUCUUCAACGUCCUCAAGAAUUCCAUGUUAUCCAUGAACCAAUUAAUUUAAUUAGUCGUGCUUAUGUGACCAACAACUUUUAUUUUUUGAAUCAAAUUCCAUUACCUAAACCUACUGAUCCGAUCACUUUUGUACAUCAUUUCUCGGCUACUCUUAAUGAAAUUCUUGUCCCUCAUUACUAUAAUGAUAAUAAAACACAUACCUUAAGAGUUUUUGCGAAGGAUCAUGCAUCCAAUUUUUUAGAUGGAAACCUAGAAGGAAAUCCAUUAGGAUCCAAGGAAAUUCUUUUAAAAUUUAAACAUACAUUCAUAAUUAGAAAUCCAGAAAAAUCCGUAAAGUCUUUUUAUAAAGCUGCGAAUUCUACAUAUGAAGCUUGGGAAAAUGCCUGCGUACCUAAUUUUGAAAGGUAUGACAUUUUUUUUCCUGAAAAAGUUUGGCUAAAAGAAUCAAGGUUUCUUUAUGAUUUAAUUAAGAACAUAACUGGAGAGGAGAUUGUUUUAGUAGAUGCUGAUGACUUACUUCGAGAACUGGAGAAAAUUUUGAGAAAAUAUUGUGAGAUGGUCAAUGUAGAGUUUAAGAAAGAAAUGCUAGAAUGGAAAGUCGAAUAUAUGGGAUUUAAACUUGUCAG